GGCUGGGUACGGGCUGAGUGAGUGCGGACGGGGGAAGGAGGAGGGAGGGAGGACACCGGAAGUUCCGCCCCGCCGCAGCGGAAGUGUGCUCGGGCGCUGGGAAGCCGGUCGGUGAGACUUUUCUCGAUAGAUUGAGAAAGUGCUGUGAGAGCAACAUGGCGAACCCGAGCCCGGCCAGCAAGCCCUCCAACCCCGGCAACCCCAGGGUGUUCUUCGAUGUGGAGGUGGGAGGGGAGUACGGUAAGUGUGAGCCGUGCAGGGUGAGUGGCCAUUCAUACUCGGAGUGCGCUCAGUCAUUGCGAGGCCGGCCGGCUGGCCGGGGAUCCCAUCAAUGGACCCUCACAUCCCAUGUGUUACACACUGUGUGUGAGGACAAGCAGACACUGCAUCUCUUAAUAACCUCUAUACUGGGCACACUGCACAUUGGAACAACGUGGCUACCCACUAAAUAGAACAUUGAGGCAAAUUUCAGAUCAAAAUAGCCAAACUGGAAAUAUGUAUUUAAAAAAAUAAAUAAAAUGUUUUUUGUUAACUAUGCUUUCCAGUUAGCCAUUCUGGCCUUAAAGGUAAACUAUAGUGCCAGGGAAACAAAGUUGUAUUCCUAGCGCUAAUUUGCUCGCCCAGUAUCAGAAAAUCUUCCAAAUCUCUGAUAGUCCUGUAUAAAAGUUACACAAGAUAUUUUCACCUGUUAUUUUACAUCUACAUCUCUGGACUAAUAUGCAGGGAUGUAUUUACUGCAAGGCAAACAAGGCAUUUGCCUAGGGCGGCACUUUCGGCAGGGCGGGGAACGCCACCCCAGGCUCCUAGACAAAUGCCUUGUUUGCCUUGUGUUCUGGGGCUGUCCACCUUACUGUGAGUGAGUGUAGUUGUCAGUGUGUGUCUGUGCGAGUGAAAGUGUGUGUCUUUCAGUGAGAAUGGUUGGUUGUGAGUGUAUCAGUGUGUGUAUGUCAUUUUAUGUGUAUCUGAGAGUGUGUGCCUGUCAGUAAGUGGGUUUGUCAGUGUGUCUGUCAGUAAAAAAGUGUGUGGUUAAACAGUGUGUGCCAAUGAUUGUGCAUAUCAGUUCAUGUAUCAAUGAGGGCAUGUGUCUGUCAGUCAAAAAAGUGGCCUUGACAUGAAUUGCUGGGGCAAAUUUAGAUUUUGGGGGUGCCUGAAAUUAGUUGUGCCUAGGGCAGCACAAAUCCAAAAUACACCACUCCUAAUAUGGAUAUAAAUACAGUGGUGUAUCCUGGUUUUGUGCUGCCCUAGGUAUCACAAAACUCUGGCACACCCUCACUGCCCCACCUUCUAAAUACACAUACACACUCACUGACAGAAAUACACACACUCACUGACAGAAAUACACACACUCACUGACAGAAAUACACACACUCACACUGACAGAAAUACACACACUCACACUGACAGAAAUACACACACACACACUCACACUGACAGAAAUAUACACACUCACACUGACAGAAAUAUACACACUCACACUGACAGAAAUAUACACACUCACACUGACAGAAAUAUACACACACACACACACUCACACUGACAGAAAUAUACACACACUCACACUCACACAAAUAUACACACACACACUCACAUAAAUAUAUACACACACACACACACACUCACACAAAUAUACACACACACUCUCACAGAAAUAUACACACACACUCUCACAGAAAUAUACACACACACACUCACAGAAAUAUAUACACACACACACUCACAGAAAUAUACACACACUCACACUGACAGAAAUAUACACACACACACACUCACACUGACAGAAAUAUACACAUACACACACACACACACACACACAAAUUGCUGGGCAAAUUUAGAUUUUGUGGGUGCCUGAAAUUAGUUGUGCCUAGGGCAGCACAAAUCCAAAAUACACCACUGCUAAUAUGGAUAUAAAUACAGUGGUGUAUCCUGGUUUUGUGCUGCCCUAGGUAUCACAAAACUCUGGCACACCCUCACUGCCCCACCUUCUAAAUACACACACACACACACUGACAGAAAUACACACACACACACACACACAUACACACUCACUGACAGAAAUACACACACUCACUGACAGAAAUACACACACUCACUGACAGAAAUACACACACUCACUGACAGAAAUACACACACUCACUGACAGAAAUACACACACUCACUGACAGAAAUACACACACUCACUGACAGAAAUACACACACUCACUGACAGAAAUACACACACACACUGACAGAAAUACACACACACACACUGACAGAAAUACACACACACACACACUGACAGAAAUACACACACACACUGACGGAAAUACACACACACACACUGACGAAAUACACACACACACACACUGACAGAAAUACACACACACACACACACACUGAUGAAAUACACACACACACACACACACACUGACGAAAUACACACACACACACACACUGACAAAUACACACACACGCGACGGAAAUACACACACACACACACACACACUGGGCAAAAUACACACACACACACACACGGCAAGAAAUACACACACACACACACACACACUGACAGAAAUACACACACACACACACACACACACACACACACACACACACACACACACACACACUGACGAAAUACGCACACACACACACUGACAGAAAUACACACACACACCACGCGACAGAAAUACACACACACACACACUGACGAAAUACACACACACGCAGCCAGAAAUACACACACACUGACAGAUACACACACACACACACACACUGACAGAAAUACACACACACACACACACACACACACACACACACACACACACUGACAAAUACACACACACACACACACACACACUGACAGAAAUACACACACACACACACUGACAGAAAUACACACACAACACACACACAUUUAACAGACGGAAUUUAGAUUUGGGGAUGCGAGGUGGUUGUGCCUAAGGCGGCACAAAUCCAAGAAAUACCACUGCUGGAUGCCAAAACUACGGUGGUGUAUCCUGUUUAUUAACGCCUAGGUAUAAAAACUCAUCCCCUCCCCUGCCCCACCUUCUAAAUACACAUGCACUCACUGACAGAAAUACACAUGCACACUCACUGACAGAAAUACACAUGCACACUCACUGACAGAAAUACACAUGCACACUCACUGACAGAAAUACACAUGCACACUCACUGACAGAAAUACACAUGCACACUCACUGACAGAAAUGCACACUCACUGACAGAAAUGCACACUCACUGACAGAAAUGCACACUCACUGACAGAAAUGCACACUCACUGACAGAAAUGCACACUCACUGACAGAAAUGCACACUCACUGACAGAAAUGCACACUCACUGACAGAAAUGCACACUCACUGACAGAAAUACACACGCACGCACAGAAAUACACACGCACGCACACACAGAAAUACACACAGAAAUAUACACACACACACAUUUCUGGGCAAAUUUAGAUUUUGGGGGUGCCCGAAAUUAGUUGUGCCUAGGGCAGCACAAAUCCAAAAUACACCACUGCUAAUAUGGAUAUAAAUACAGUGGUGUAUCCUGGUUUUGUGCUGCCCUAGGUAUCACAAAACUCUGGCACCCCCUCCCCUGCCCCACCUUCUAAAUACACAUGCACACUCACUGCCAGAAAUACACAUGCACACUCACUGCCAGAAAUACACAUGCACACUCACUGCCAGAAAUACACAUGCACACUCACUGCCAGAAAUACACAUGCACACUCACUGCCAGAAAUACACAUGCACACUCACUGCCAGAAAUACACAUGCACACUCACUGCCAGAAAUACACAUGCACACUCACUGCCAGAAAUACACAUGCACACUCACUGCCAGAAAUACACAUGCACACUGACUGGCUGGCACGCACGCAUUGACUGGCUGGCACGCACGCAUCGACUGGCUGGCACGCACGCACUGACUGGCUACGCUGGCACGCGACGCACUGACUGGCUGGCACGCACUGACUGGCAUAGCACGCACUGACCGGCUGGCACGCAUCGACCGGCUGGCACGCACUGACUGGCUGGCACGCACUGACUGGCUGCACGCACUGACCGGCUGGCACGCACUGACUGGCUGGCACGCGACUGGCUGGCACGCACGCACUGGCUGGCACGCACGCACUGGCUGGCACGCGACGCACUGGCUGGCACGCACGACUGGCUGGCACGCCACGCACUGGCCGCACGCACGCAUCACUGGCUGGCACGCACGCAUCUCGACUGGCUGGCAACACGCAUCGACUGGCUGCACGCACGCACUGACUGGCUGACACACGCACGCGACUGACUGGCUGACACGCGACGCACUGACUGGUUGACACGACGCGACUGACUGGCUUGACACGCACUACACUGACUGGCUGGACACGCGACGCACUGACUGGCUGACACGCGACGCACUGACUGGCCGGACACGCGACGCACUGACUGGCUGACACGCACGCAUCACUGACUGGCUGACACGCGACGCAUCGGACUGGCUGACACGCGACGCACUGACUGGCUGACACGACGCGACUGACUGGGGCUGACACGCACGCACUGACUGGCCGGCACGCGACUGAUCGGGCUGACACGCGACGCACUGACUGGCUGGACACGCGACGCACUGGCUGACAUCACGCGACGCACUGACUGACACGCGACGCACUGACCGACACGCACGCACUGACCGACACGCGACGCACUGACCGACACGCGACGACUGACCGGGCACGCGACGCACUGACCGGACACGCACGCACUGACUGGCACGCACGCGACUGACGGGUACCUGACGCGACUGACCGGCACGACGCACUGACUGGCACGCACGCGACUGACUGGCACGCACGCGACUGACCGACACGCGACGCGACUGACUGACACACGCACGCACUGACUGACACGCUACUCACUGACCGACACGCGACGCGACCACCGACACGCGACUGACUGGCACGACGCAUCGACUGGCACGCACGCACUGACCGGCACGCACGCGACUGACUGGCACGCACGCACUGACUGGCACGCACGCACUGACUGGCACGCACUGACUGGCACGCACGCACUGGCUGGCUGGCACGCACGCACUGGCUGGCUGGCACGCACUGGCUGGCACGCACGCACUGGCUGGCACGCACGCACGCACUGGCUGGCACGCACGCACUGGCUGACUGGCACGCACGCACUGGCUGGCUGGCACGCACGCACUGGCUGGCUGGCACGCACUGGCUGGCACGCACGCACUGGCUGGCACGCACGCACGCACUGGCUGGCACGCACGCACUGGCUGACUGGCACGCACGCACUGGCUGACUGGCACGCACGCACUGACUGACUGGCACGCACUGACUGACUGGCACGCACGCACUGGCACGCACGCACUGACUGACACGCACGCACGCACUGACUGACUGGCACGCACGCACGCACUGACUGACUGGCACGCACGCACUGACUGACUGGCACGCACUGACUGGCACGCACUGAUGUAUAGUUUCAACACACGGCACAGUGUUUUCCUACCAUGCGCAAUAUCCUCGUAGGAAGCAUUGGAUUGGCUGAAAUCAGCCAUGGUGGCGGAGCCAGCAAUGAGGAGACCUAUGCUGCGCUGGAAAAAGGUGAGUAAAAUCACCUUUUUAAUUGGGGAUGAGAGGGGCCGGCGAUUACAAAACCAUAGUGUCAGAAAUACAUGUUUGUAUUCCUAACACUGUAGUGUUACUUAAAGUAGGAAUUAAAUGGGUUCUCCAAAAAAAUCAUAUUUAGUAGAUGUAUCACCAAUGAAAAUAUGCAUUAAUUUAAUUGUGCAUUUGUUUCAUUUGGAUUCAUAUGUAGCAACAGCUUGCAAAAGCUGCAGAUCUUUUGUUUAAAGCCUUUUCAAGCCCUCCCCUUGAAGCCCAGACUUAAUGUAGCUGUCCACUGAGCUAAGAAUCUUAGUUUACAGAAUAGAUUGUCUGACUGCCAGGAGGUUUAACAAGGUUGAAGAGAAACUCCAACCACCAGGACCACUUAAAGUGGCACUGUCACUGUCUAGGGACUUUACGUAUUUGCCAAGACCCUGGCAAUGACAUCACUGCUGGUGGUCUGGGAGCCCAAAUGAGGUGGGCAGGCUAAGAUGACUAUUACUUACCUGAACCUGUUUCUUGUGGGUACUGCCACCUUCCUUCGAGUCCUCUUCAGAGCGCCAGGAGCAAGUGUCAUUGCUGUACUCUUGACAUUGCAUGAAAGUACAGCAUUGAGGUCUAUGGAGGAUCCCUCAAGACCGUGGAAUCCUCCAUAGAUAAAGCGAAUUCCAUGCAGCUGACCGCUGUGGGGGAGGGGUUUUUGAUUUGACACUAUUUAAUGGCCAGUGCCUAGAAGUGUCAGGAGUAGGAGAAAUACUGAGACAAAGUAGUCCCUAUUUUUUUUAAAAUCCUAUUUCUCUCUCUCUUUAUAAUUUUUCAAGAAAUGUUUCACUAAUUACGUAUUUGUCUUUUUCGGUCUGUUUCCCUAUCGUUCUAUAUUAAUCUGUUAUCUAUUUUAUUUUAAUUUCAAUGUCUUUUCAACAUCUCUCUCUCUUCUUACAAGGGCUUUCCCAAAAUAAUUAGAUGUAUAGUGACAACUGCUCUCUUUAGAGCUUCUCUGUCAUGGGCUGCCUGAGAAUGCACAGGCACAUGAAUUCAUACUGCUACAUGUUGGAUCAAAAAGCAAACAGAGAGCUGGGUGGGGAGAUCUGAGAACUUUGCCACCAGUGCAUAAUGUACAGACCUCCUAAAUACAAUUGAUGCAGGUGUUGUUAAUGCUGACUGCUCAUUCCCAUAUAGUAGGUGUUACUUGCGCAAUACUGGCUCCCUGUGGCGCACACAGUGAUUUGCUGGGCAUGAGUAAAUCAUAAGGACAUAUGUCUUUUCUUCUACGGGCCAUACAAUUUAGCUCUAGGUGACUGCAUCUCACUAAGAACCAAUUCCAGUUUGGUUUGGGAGUGUGCCAUUAGUGGCAGUAGUAUUUUCAUCUGGAAGACAGUUAUUCAUGAUAUCAUCUGACACCAAAAGUUUGCCACAGUAAUUUGUAACUGACUAUUAAAAUACACAGGGUAAGAAAUAUGUCCUGGCACUGGUAGCAGUAUUAAACAGUGGAGGGGAGGGAUGGAAUUGCUUUUGCCAACAUGUCUGAAAUAUUUGGUAGUGAUUACCCCUCGCCCUUCAUUGCUACGAAAUAGUACUUCAAAGCUUACAGGAAAUAUGUGUGGGUUGGCCAGUCUUUCGAAUCAGUUAAAAUGAAUAGGAUAUUCAUUCUUAUGACAGCGUGACUGUUUCUUUCAUUAUUUUAUUAUUCAGUUUGAAACAUUUAUGGGUGUUUAUGAAAUCUAGUUGUAUAAUAACUAGCAGGUGUAUUACAUAAAUUUCAACUGUGACUUUAAUUCUUCUCUCAAACUAGUAUGAUUUUUACCAUACUCCUUUUAAGUAGUGAAUUGAUAAGAAUGGAAGGACCAAUGUUAAAGUAAUACAUUUCCAAAGAAACUUGUUUGCAUAAAAAACAGUUUUUGUCCUUUCCAGCUGGCCGUGUUGUCUUAGAACUGUUUGCCGAUGUUGUACCCAAAACUGCAGAGAAUUUCCGAGCUCUGUGUACAGGGGAGAAAGGUAUAGGACAAACAACUGGAAAACCCCUGCAUUUUAAAGGCUGUCCUUUUCAUAGAAGUAAGUUAUGAUUUUAUUUAUUUAUGUAUAUUUUAAAAAUAUAUAUGUUUGUAGACAUUUUGUUUCCCUUGGUGUGUGUGUGUGUGUGUGUGUGUGUGUGUGUGUGUGUGUAUAUAAUGCAGUCUUAAAAAUAUUAAUCAGCUUUUACAGAUCAGUGAUAUUUCAGAUCGACUGCCAACAUUUUUCUAGGUCCAUAGAAAGACCUCGAAAUAAACUUGUGGAUAUUUAUUUGAAUAAUCUUAAUGCGUCUAGAUAGUUUUGUUGUUUAUAGAUCACCAUCUUAAAUUAACUGUUUGUCACUGAUUUACUAGUUAUCAAGAAAUUCAUGAUCCAAGGUGGGGAUUUCUCAAAUCAAAAUGGAACUGGUGGAGAGAGUAUAUAUGGAGAAAAAUUUGAAGAUGAAAACUUCAAUUACAAGGUAACAUGAAAUUAAUUUAACAUAUUUUUAAAGCACUAUUGCAGGUUUGAUGCCGCUGCAAACUCACUGAUCAACUAUCUACCAUUUAGGAUUUAAAUGACUUUUAUUUCUGUCUAUGCAGCCCUUCCUGCAUGAGACUUACAGCACAGUGUGUUUAUUUUAGUUAUUUCCUGUUCUGUUAAUUGAAAUGUAAUCAUAUACUGGAGGCUGUUUCUCGCUGUAGCAGGCUAUUAACAGAGCAGGAGAUAAAACUGAUACAUUUAUAAUGGAAGUAAAAAAAAUUGUUAGACUCUCUUUUUCGGAAAUUUGUAGGGUAGCUGUGUGGGUCUUUGCUAGGGUAGGUGUGACAAGUACUGCAGAAACCGGAACAAAAAUGAUUUGGCAGAAAUAACAGAAUUGAGAAGUGAGAUUGCAAGGGCAUGAUCUAUACACAGAUUACUUCAUUAAGAUAACGUUCUUUUGGUGCUUAGUGUCCAUUUAAGUUGUAUGCAUUGUCUGUUGUUUACCUGUACACCAAUGAUGGCUAACCUUGCUUUGCACAUUUUUUUAACUUAAUUUCCCAUGUUGCUCAACAAGCCUAUUGUUCAUCAGCUUGCUAAUAAAGUCCUUACAUUAACAUUAAUAAUCCCCAAAUGAAAAACUCACUUCACCUCCAGUCCAACACCGCCAUGUCUUCACCUUUGUUGGUGUUACUUUUAUGUAACACUUGUUCUCGUUUUUUUGGGGGGGUUUUUUCCGCUUGUUUCUUUUUGGGGGUGAAUUUGCCCUGCCUGGUGAUGCUUCCACAAGCAGGGUAAACCUCUAUAAUGCUGGCUUCAUGGUCAGCAUGCUGAUGUCUGAUCAGAGUGAAUUCAGGCACUCUGUUCCUAUGCUUCCUAGUCAUGCAUUGCUAGGGAGUUACCAUGGCAGCCACAAAGCAUGCGCUAUGAAUUAAUAUGCUUGGAGAGCAGGAGGACCAUCUGUGGGAGUCUGCUGAAGAAUUGACUGACCUGUGUGAGAGAGACAUAUUUUAAAUAGGGUUUUCUUUCAAUCUGUACAUUUACUAGCACAAUCUAUAGAUUAAAUGUUCUGCUCUUUUCCAAGAAAAUAAGUGGUAGGUACCAUGACAGAUACUUCUGCAUCAGGAUAUGUUGCUUUUCUUAAAUUGUAUUGUCAUAUCAAACGUAAGGAACUGAUUGCGAAAUUCAACAUUAUGGAUGUGUGUGUGCGCGCUUGAUUUCUCUCCCCUCUGUUGUAUUUUCUUCACCUUUCAAGCAUGCAACCAAUACCCAGAAAAUCACCCCCUCCCGGUUUUUAAAAAAAAAAAAAAAAAAGCCCCAACACACAAUCUAACUACUGCCCUAUUACAAUUUCCCUUCAAAGCCCCUGAGAAAGUUUUGUAUACAACAUGAAUUUCCCCGAAUCUGACUUUCUAUUUGAGCUACUUCAGUCUGGAUUUUUCACUGGUCACUAUGUCCAAACAGCCUUGACCACAGUAUACAGUGAUUUAAUUUCUUCAAAAUCCAAUGGUCACUACUCCCUUCUAAUUCUUCUUGACCUCUCUGCUUCUUUCAAAACGGUUGAUCAUCCGUUUCCUCGUUUUUAUCUAUCACAACUUCUGUAUAUGAGACUCUGCUCUUUUCUGGUCCUCCUAUCUCUCCCAGCGCUCUUUUAGUGUCUUUUCUUCUUCCUCACCUCAGAAACGCCUCUCUGUGUUCCCCAAGGUUCUCUUCCUGUUCUCAAUCUACACUGCCACCCUUCGUAAACUAAUCUAUUCCUUUAGGUUCAAACAUGAGUCCUAAGCUGAUGAUGCACAAAUCUGUCUUUGCCUGAUCUUUUUUCAUCCCUCUUAAAUUGUCUCUAGCUGCCCCUGCUGUUUCUAACUGGAGGACAGCUCACUUUAAAAUACCCAAUUUCUUCAAAACUUCUCAUAUUUCUUCCUUCAAACACUACAACUUCUGUGUCUGUCUCUAUCCAUGUUAACAGCACUACCAUCAGCUCUACCUCACAGGCACAUUGUCUUGUAAUUCUCUUUGAUUCCAAGUUCUCCUUCACCCUGUACAACCAGUCAAUCACCAAAUUCUGCUGCUGCUUUUGCAAAUGCAUGUGUAUAUAUUUUAUUUAUUUUUCUCUUGAAAGACCCUUUAUACUCUGUAGCCAUCCUUUAGUAUUUAAAUACUGUGAAUCAUUUUAAUUGAUUAUUCUAAAUCGAGGCUGGUUGUCCCAAUAGGUAUCACAAUAUCAAAGCCUGAGGGUGCACCAUCACUGUAACAUAUUGUUACAUUUUAACCACUCUCAAUAGACAGCAUAAUUGUAACCCUUUCUUACUCUUCAAGGUAUAUACUAUAUAGCCAAGGGAAAAAUAAAUUACACCCUCCUUUGAAUUUGAUGGUUUUACCUAUCAGGGCAUAACAAUCAUCUGUUCCUUAGCAGGUGUUAAAACUAGGUAAAUACAAUCUCAGAUUAAAACAGCACAUUACACUGUCAUGUUUUAUUUAACAAACAUAAUGCCAAAAUGAGAAGCCAUGUAUGAAAAACAAAGUACACAUUUACUGCUUCAAUAUUGGAAUGAGGAGGCUAAGUAGCAGACAGGUGCUGCUAAUAAAAUUAUCUUGAUUGAUCAUCUCUAUAAAAGCCGAGUUUUAGCAGUUUGCUGGUCUGGAACAUUCAGGUGCGUGUCAACACAAUGCCAAGGAGGAAUGACAUCAGCAAUAAUCUUAGAGCAGCAAUUGUUGCUGCCCAUCAAGCUGAGAAGAGUUGUAAGGCAAUUAAAAACAAUUUAAAAUACAUGAGUACAGUAAGAAAGAUCAUUCCAGAGUGGGUUGCCACUAGAAAGACUCUUCUCUCUAAAAAGAACAUGGUAGCAUGGAUUUGGCUUGCAAAGUUGCAUCUGAACAAACCACAAGACUUCUGGAACAAUGUCCUUUGGACAGACGAGACCAAGGUGGAGAUGUUUGGUCAUAUUGCACAGCACCAUGUUUGGUGAAAACCAAACACAGCAUAUCAGCACAGUGGUGAAGGCGUAAUUAUUUGGGCUUGUUUUGCAGGACCAGCACCUGGGAACCUUGCAGUCAUUGAGUCGACCAUGAACUCCUCUGUAUACCAAAGUAUUCUCCAUUUGGCCAUUUGUGUGACAGCUCAAGCUUGAACAAAAUUGGGUCUUACAACAGGACAAUGAUCCCAAGAACACGAGCAAAUCUAAAACGGAAUGCCUGAAAAAGAAGACUCAAGGCAUUGCAACGGCUCAGUAAAACUCCAAACCUCCAUCCAAUUGAAAUGCUGCAGGACCUUAAGAGAGCUGUGCAUAAACAAAUGCCGGCAAACCUGAAGCAACGUUGUAAAGAAAAGUGGCCCAAAAUUCCUCCACAAUGAUGUUAGAGACUAAUAAAGUCAUACAGACAAUGAUUACUUAACAUUAUUGCUGCUAAAGGUGGUUCUAGAAGCAAUCAUAAGUCGUACUUUGUUUUUCACACAUGGCUUCUCCAUUUUUGCUUUCUUUGUUAAAUAACUCAUGACACAGUGUAAUAUGUCACGUGGUGUUCAUCUGAGGUUGUAUUUUUCUAAUUUUAAGACCUGCUUAGGAACAGAUGAUUAUGUCCUAUAUGUAAAUCCAUAGAAUUCAAAGAGGGUGUACUUCCCCAUGACUGUACAAUUAUUUUGUGGAUAAAAGGGAACAGCUUAUUUCCAGGUAAGGUUAGUACACUUUUGUGUUAAUUACACGUCUAUAUUUUUGCCUUUUGAUUCAAUUAUUGGGGUAAUCCCUGUUCUCUUUUUGGCACAACUUGUUCCGAUGGUUAGUUUCUUACUUUCUUAGCAAUUUUUUCUUGAAAUUAUUGUUCUAUCUGACUCUCACCUCCUUUUAAUAAUUCUGUAAAACUUCACUGUUCCUACCAAACGUCCGUCCCUGCCCCAUUAGACUCUCACCCAGUCUCUCUUAAUAAAAAUAAACAUAAAAGAAGGCUUUAAGAAGGCUUCCUCUCCUGCCACUGCAUCAGCCAAAAGUCUUCAUUAUAUACUUUCUGUAGCAGCUCACUUUUUCCCUCAUAUAUGAAACACAUCGUACCGUUACCACUUGUGUAAUUUUUACCAUCAGCACCUUAUGUUCCUAUACAUCAACUUGUUUUGUUGCAACUAGUUUGUUUGUUAGUCCACCUUUUGUACAGAAAAAAAACCAACAAAACCAAGUAAAAUAGGCGCUAAACAGAUACAAUAAAAUAGAUUAGAGGUAAGAAAGCUGCACCGUACAGUGUAUCAAUUAAGGUCCAUAUAUUAUAAAGUGCAAUAGUGCACGAAUUGUGGCACUUAUAUUGCAUUGUGUUUGCACUAAAGUACUAUUGCACUUUAUAAUAUAUGCACCUCAAUUGAUUGUGUUUUAAGGGCAUGUUGCAAUUUUCACUAAUAUUGUCUUAAAGACACAGCGCACCUUAACUUUCGUUUUACACCUUUUGUACAGGGCUGUGGAACUUGUUGGCACUUUAUGAAUAAUAUGUUAUUACCGUAAUAGUUUUAACUAAUGAUUGACUUGGUAAAUCUUUACAUGUUAAUUGGGUUGAAACUUCUUAUGCAACACAAACAUGAUGUACCCAGGUUUUGCUUCUUUAACAUCCCCCUUCCUUUUUGAUAAACUGAAACCCUCCAUAAAACUAAUUCUAUUUAGGUUGAUCAUUUGACAGACACUCGGUUAAACUGGAGUGACCGUACUUUUAUUUGAAGCUGAUGAUACCGCUUGUUAAAACACUCUUUUUUUAAAUAUAUUUUAUAUUUCUAUAUACCUGCAGCAUGACAAAGAGGGUUUGCUUAGUAUGGCCAAUGCUGGUCCAAAUACUAAUGGCUCUCAGUUUUUCAUCACAACUGUGCCCACCCCCCAUUUGGAUGGGAAACACGUGGUAUUUGGUCAAGUGCUGAAAGGAUAUGGCAUUGUUAAAAUGUUGGAAAACAUUGAAUCGAAGGAAGAAAAACCAGUGAAGGUAAGUUAUUGUACAGGUGUAACAUUAUAUUAGCUUUAUGAAGCAAUUGUAUAAACUCACUUGCUGUUCUCAUUUCUCAUCUUCAUAUGCUAACUAUAAAGAGAGACCAUAGUAGACCAUAGUUGGAAGUGUAGAAGAAACAGCUUGAUUUCCAAUGUAAUACAAUGUAUUUUUGUUCUAUAUAUAAUAAAAAAAGUAUGUGUGUGUGUGUGUGUAUAUAUGUAUGUAUGUAUGUGUGUGUAUAUAUAUAUAUACACUUUAUUUUUCCCCUAUACAAUUCCUUCACUGUAAAGCUAUGCAUUAAAAUACACCUAAGCUGACUCUGGGCUACAACAACCAUGCCGCUGCUUUCGUUGGUAAUGUAGUUAUUGCAUUAAAGGAAAAUUAUAGGCACCCAGAACCACUUAAUUCCAAUGAAGUGGUCUGGGUGUCAUGUUCUCUCUGCAUUGACACUGCAGCUGAAAACAGACAGUAAUGUUUUUAUUGCAGAGUUUAAAUGUCUCUAGUUAUAGAACCACUAAAGGCACGUCCAAUGAAAUAGCAAGUUAUCGUUAUAAGAUGGUCUCUGAGAAAGUGUUUAUAGAAAUCUUAAAAUUAAACUCCAUAUAUUUGUAUUGUAGUUUUGUUAUUGAUUUGUGAAUCUUUUUGAACAGUACAUUUGCAAGCUGCAAUAGGCAUGUUGACUUAGUCAUCUUGUGUAGUGACAGUCAGUAUAGGCAUUAAUUUUGUUCUAGUUUGAAACAAAUGUGAUUGCAGAUCCUUUGACCUGUCAAAUGCAUGUUCUGCAAACAGAAUUUCCCCCUUUUUUCCACUUGCAGCCCUGUGUUAUAUCAGAGUGUGGUGAACUGAAAGAUGGGGAUGAUUGUGUGAUACCGCCAUUGGAUGGAUCUGGUGACACCCAUCCUGACUUCCCAGAGGACUCCGAUGUUGAAUUAAAUGAUGUAAGUUCAUGGAAUCAGAUUCCAUUUUCAUGUACUUGUCCUAUUUGUGUUUGCAAAAUAUUGAUUAAUAAAAUAUGUAGUUAUUUUGCAACCUGCUUGACUUACUGUCAAGGCUAUUCACUGAAAGGUGACUUGUCAGAAAUUCAAAGUGAAUAUCAAAUUUUAGGUUACUGUACCCAAAUAAAAAAAAUAAAAUUAAAAUAAAUCUCUAAUUCAGCUAUUUUCAGCUUGGCUCUUGAGAUUCACUUAUAUUUCCUGAUGUUUUACACUUUGAAUAAUCUUGUCUGUAUAAAGAUGUAGUAAACCUAAACCUAUGAAGUGUUAUGCCUGUACAGGAUAUAACCUCUAUUUUAAAGUGUUUUUACACUUUAAAUUUUCAUUAAAUGUUUGUAUUUUAGGUAUCCAAAAAAAAGUUACCUGUUUGAAUUAACUAAAUUGCCCACCAAGCAGUUUUGUUUUAACCUGUAGUAUUUCUCCUCUAAUAUCAGGUUGGGAGAAUUACCUCCAUUGCUGAGGACGUAAAGAGCAUUGGAAAUAACUUUUUCAAAUCUCAAAACUGGGAGAUGGCAACAAAGAAAUACAACAAGGCCCUAAGGUACAAAUUAUACUGCUGCAAAAAUAAAACACAAAACAUCAUAUAUGUACAUUGCUGGUACCAUUAAUUUAAAUAAAAUCUAGAACUACCACAUUUUACUUAAUAAAAGUCAUAAUCUGUACCAUUUUCAGACAAACUGCAUCAAUAUAGUGUGUUAAAACUGAUAGGCCUGAUGAAUCUUUUUGUGAAAAGCAAAAAAUUGACAGAAUAAGCUCAAUUGAUAUUGAUGAAGUCUGUGGAGUGCAUUUUUUUUUCUUGCAGACUGUAUGAAAGCCAAGUUAGCCUCUGGCAUAUUUUACAUUUCAUUCUUAGAGUUCAGGACUCAGGGAAUCCAUGAUAUCCUAGUAAGAGAGAAAACAUUUCCUAGGCUGAAAAUAGCUGCCCUGUAUAAAACUUCAUCUCCACAGCUGAAUGUUGUUCUUUUUUUUUUAAAUGACGGUUACUGUAAUAUUUGAAGCAGUCUUUGGCAGUGGUGAUGUAAUCGUUUGGUUUUCUCUAUUUUAACAGAUAUGUUGAAAGCUGCAAAGAUGUGACAGGUGAUGAUAAUAUAGCAAAAUUAAAUCCAAUAGCUGUGAGCUGUAACCUGAAUAUUGCUGCCUGUAAACUCAAGAUAUCAGACUUUAGAGCUGCAAUUGAAAGCUGCGAUGAGGUAAAAUACUAGUAUGAAAAUAGACCUAUGCAAUGCAGACCUUUUUUGUUGUUUUGGAUUGAGAAAUGCUCAAAUUAAUCUAUGCACAAAGUAAAGACUACAGAUGCUCAACUGAGAGGAAGCAGUGCUCAGUACAUUUCACCCAGGAAUUUGUUAGUACCCAGAAAAUAUUACCCAUCGGGCCAUUUAAGUAAUCCACGCUGGAAAACUGUUGUGCAGUACAUUAUUUUGGUACCAAUGUCACUGAAGUGGUCAUGGUGCGUGCUUGGAAGUAACCCUUUAAACUGGAGCUUCAAGAGAAAUAGAGACAUGUAGUUGCACAUUGCCGCAAUUCUUUUGCGAGUUUAUUUUCAAUUAUUUGAGAUAAGCUUGGGCAUGUAUAUAAGAGCUGCACAGAACAUAUUUUUUAAAAUGCAAUUUUUGCAUUUGGUGGUUAGGGGGUGUGUUCUUUUUUCCAUUCUGUUCCAAAUAAAUAAAAUGGCAUGCCCGUGAACAGCAUUGUAAAUCGAGAAAAGGGCAGGGGUCUGAAAUGCUUGUACCUUGUACCUUCUUUUACACUUAGGUUCAUUGACUAGUUGACCUAUGGCCACUGGAGAAAUUAAGGUUUUAUUUGCACCCUGCAGAACUUUUUGGUGCUGCAGUAACCACAUCCUGAAUCCUACUUCAUCCAUUUAUUUUUGGUGAAGAGCGCAUCAAUGGAGAAGUUGAUGAAGUGGGCUGACGUUGAAGUAAAAAAAAAAAGGAUUUUAUUUUAUAAUUAAAAUGCAUUCUCUUUUUGAUAUCUUUAAAAGAAGUUGACAAAGAGUGAAAUAAACAUGUAAUCUACUAAAUAUGUGGAUGACACCGACAAUUUUAAGCAGGUGAACUUUUAAGCUCAUGUUGUACUAUCAAAAUCAAUGAUAAAUGUAUAGUUUUGAAAAAUGCGUAGAGAUCAAUCUCUUCCCUGCCAUGGAAGCCAGAGGUGAACUGGAUGACCAUGUAGUCUGCCACUAUGACUUCAAGGCACCGCAAAACUCUUGAAGGGUUAGCAUACUUGGGGAUUUUUUCCAAUUCUGCUAUUUUAGCCUUAAAUUCGAAAUUCACUUUGAAUUCCCGGUAAUUCUUUUUCUAGUUUGGUACCAUUGAAGGGAAACUUGGGUUACGAGAACAACUACAGCUUAAUGUAGUUGUUCUGGUGUCUCUUGCCUGUCCCUGCAGACCUUUUGCUGUAAACACUGCCUUUUCCGAGAGGCAGUGUUUACAUUGCUGAUUAUUAACAUCUCUAGUGGCAGUCAGGGCCGCUAGAUGUCUUUCCUGGGUCAGUGCUACACAGCCACUGAGUUUAACGUCUCCACGCUCUGGAUGGAAAUGCUGAUUUACUGCAGCUCUAUGAAGAGAUGCUGAUUGGCGCAGGGCUGUUUUUCAGUGUGCAUGCGCAAUAGCUCCAAAUGCUGAGAUUGUCAGAACAGAGAUGGGGCCACCUAUGGCAAGAUCGGUGCAGCAUGGGAGAAAAAGGUGAAUAAAAUGACCUCUUUAAGAAAGUGGGCCAAGGACCUAAAUAGUUAUUUUACCACUAGUGUCGGGAAUACAUGUUAGUACUCCUGGAAAUGUCGGUACCAUACUUUUUUGAUUUCAAAAGGUCAAAAAGAAAAUGUGAACAUUUUAAAUUAUCCAUAUGUUAACAUUCCGCCUAUACAGUUGGUUAGAGGAAUUCCUAUCUCCUGUGAAGUGGCACUGCUGUUAGGUAAUUGAACCCAGGUCCACAUAGCUCUUUAGUGUGAGCAUCAGUAUUCAUUUUGUCGACUAACCAUUUUAGUCGACUAAAAUUUAAACUAGACGAAACCUAAAACAAUUCAGAUGACUAAAAUACGACAAAACUAAAAUGGCAUUUAAGUCAAGACUGACUAAAACCAAAUUAAAAUUUUCUGCAAAAUUUAACACUGCACAGUGGGGAUGUGGAAGGGGCAAAAGAGACAGACCCAGGACUUGGGAGAGAGACACUUAGAAGGGGUGGGGAAAGGACAAAAGAGACAGAGGCUUUAACUAAACUAAAAAAAUCUACUAGAGAUUUAGUAGACUAAAACCUACUGCAGAUUUAGUUGACUAAAACAGUUCAGAUGACUAAAAUGGCAGUCUAUUCCCCAGGCAAUCAGUAUUGGCUUGGGCUGCUGUCAUAUAUAUAUUUUUAUUUUUUAUUUAUUUUUUUACCUACCAUCUCAAUUUCAUUAUGCUAAAAAGGAUGUUUCUGUGGUUUGCCUUGUGAAAAUAUUUAUAUGGACACUAGUAUCUUUGAUAUUAUGCGUUAUCACAUGUAAUAUGAAGCAGAUUUGAUAUGUAAUAUUUUGUUUUCUGUAGGCACUUGAAUUUGAUCCAUCGAAUACCAAAGCACUUUACAGACGGGCACAGGGCUGGCAAGGCUUGAAAGAUUAUGAACAAGCACUGGUAAGAUGGGUUGGUUUAAUCACUCUAAAUGUGUUUAUUGAGAUAAGAAAGAUUAUUUUUUUUUAUUUUUAUUUUUUUUUAACCUGCUUCCAUUUUGUGUUUUAGGAGGAUCUUAAAAAUGCUCACGAGUUGGCACCGGAUGACAAAGGUAAAGUAGUCUACUUGUUGGAUGACAACUUAAAAUGUAUAGAGUUUAAAAAUGCAUCUUAACUAUUUUGAGCUGUGUAUUCCAACUGGAAAUCCUCAGGAUCCCAUUCAACCCUUAAAGAUCUUUUUAUUUUUUUAUUUUUUUUUUAUUUUUUUUAGCAGUUAUCAUGUGUGAAAUACCAUUGGACCUUUUAUAUUGCCUACAAGAAAUGUUUUAUAUACCCAACCUUUCUUUUAUUGGCUGUCAUUAUAAGGCAGCGUAGCCUUGCUAAUGAUCUAUUGGGAGGAAUUGGAGGAAGUAAUAGAAAAGAGUUUGAACUUUAGCAGGUCAUAAAACGCAAAGUGUGGCUCCCAUUAAAUUGAGAUUCGUUUACCCCUUCAUGAAGUGUUGGCUCAUGUUUGGGGGAUUGGAGAACUACAGUCACUCUAUGGAUUGCUAUAUCACAAUAUUCCCCUGAGUAUAAUUACUAGCUCUUAUAAGAGCUGUUCCGGCUACGCUCUCUGGACUAGGAGAGGUCUAUCCACUGGAAGCUGGAUCCUGGUCCUGCGUCCAGGGUGGGUGGAGGACGGCGAGACCCCAACCAAGCUGCGGCGGUUCGUGAAGUUAAUGGUAGUUAUGGUGUUCCAGUGCAAUUCUUUAAUUAGAUUAUCUCCCAAGUACAGAAAAUGAAACAAUAUUUUAAAACAUCACAACUCCCAUAAUAUUCAGAACUCCACGAAAGACACUUCAUCGAAUAGCACGUGUUCGGUUAUAUGAACGGCGGCCACCCAUCCGACUACUUAGAACCUUGCGGUUUUAAGGUGUUACAGUACUCGAUUGGAGGCACACAACUUCUCUGGGUGGUAUCCCUGUUCGGUGGUUGGUUCGACUGACUAACAAUAUGUCCCUAUUCUGUUCGUGACAUUUAAAUAGUCGAACCAACUCAGUUUCCUAUACAAAUAAGUGGCUAGUUUUGUCACAAUGGGUACCCAUGUAUCCUCCUGAAACACUUGUGCUCAUGUACAAAUUUAUUCUCAUUGGAUUGAAAAGUCUACAUGUGAAUCUAUGUAGGAUAGGAUCUACUUGUGGCAGCCGGGAUUGCCAAAUUCCCCUUUGUUUGUGUUUUGGACAGGCGCUCACACCUUUUUCUCUAAACUGGAGGUAGUGAAUAUGCUUGUAGAAAGUACAAGUAAUUUACCUUCAUUAGUCAAUGGAAAAUGGUUUGUAUUCUUUGUUUUUGAGUUUAGCCUCUCUGUUGCAAGUCUUUUUUGUUAUGCUAAUUUGGCGAUUCGUUUUUUUUCCCAUUUAAAUACAAGGACUGAACUAAAUAGCAAGAUUAUGUAGAAAGCGUGCUUCAGCAGUAUUUACUUUGUGGUUACCCUAGUUUAUAAUCCAACCUGUGGUUUAGGGAUUAGCCUCCACUGUUUUAUUGCCCAUGUAAUGCCUUCAGGCACUCCAAACUUAGUUUCCAGUCCUUAAAGCGUGUUUUUUCCCUCUGUAUCUUUUUAGCAACAAAAUUGGGAAGGGCCAAAAUCUUGGACUGUAGGAGUCCCUUGAGAACUGGGUUUAGAACCGCUGGUCUAGAUGCAGGAAUAAUUUGUCAGGCGUAAUAUACAUGACCGUAUGCUUUCUUUUAAAUGUUUUGGCUGGUAUUUUAAAUAUGCGACAAUUGAACAAACCUAAUUACCAGAUUUGUUGUUUCUUGCAGCAAUCAGCAGUGAAAUCCUACGGGUCAAGCACAGGAUCAAGGAACAGAAGGCAAAAGAAAAAGCUGUAUAUGCAAAAAUGUUUGCAUAGAAUUUUUUAUUGUAAAGUCUGCAUGGAACGUAUUGACGGGAUGGCUUCUGCUGAUUUAAGGAGACACUUUUACAAGAAGAGCAGCUGUCGGAUAAACCAAAAAAAGCAAACUUUUUUGAGCCCAAGAGAUGUAGUUUAAUGGUUUUCAAAUGGUUAUAGUUUUUCCUUCACCUAUGUGUUUUUUGUUUUUUUCCUUUUCAUUGUGACACUGCAUGAACUAUGCAAAUGUAGGAUGUGCAGUGUAGCUUUUACUUGGUGUGACUUUUGUUAUUCUGCCAACCGUAAUACUGUUUAUUUUUUUUAUUUUUUUCCUGUUUUACUUAAAGGAGCUUAUUUUCCUCUGUGGAACUUUUGAAAGCUGCAGUUGGUUACUAGCAUUUUUUUUUUCUUUCAUUUUACAUAAGAAAUGUUUACCGUUCCUCUUAAUAAAGACUGUUAAUGCUGCAAAUGUCUGUUUUGUGAAAGUAAAAACAAAUGAACUACUGAUCAAAGUGAUGUACAUUAGUUUCAGUUUAGGCACCAUAACAUACCAGUGUAUUGGUCAUGGUGCUACUGUGCUAUCCCUGGUCUGAUAGUGAAACUGUUUGCUCAACUAGUGUCAAUGAA